GCUUUUUCUCCACCAUCUUUUCCAGUUUGUUUGGAACUCGAGAGAUGAGGAUUCUCAUCCUGGGACUGGACGGAGCCGGAAAAACAACCAUUCUCUACAGGUUACAAGUUGGAGAAGUUGUUACCACCAUUCCGACCAUUGGCUUCAAUGUUGAGACAGUGACAUACAAGAAUCUGAAAUUUCAAGUUUGGGACUUGGGAGGACAGACAAGCAUAAGGCCAUACUGGCGGUGUUACUAUUCAAAUACAGAUGCAGUCAUUUAUGUGGUGGACAGCUGUGAUCGAGACAGGAUUGGCACUUCAAAGUCAGAGCUUGUGGCUAUGUUAGAGGAAGAAGAGUUGAAGAAAGCCAUUUUGGUGGUGUUUGCAAAUAAGCAGGACAUGGAACAGGCCAUGACUCCCACAGAAAUGGCAAAUGCACUUGGCUUACCGGCUUUGAAGGACCGAAAAUGGCAGAUAUUCAAAACCUCUGCAACUAAAGGCACCGGGCUUGAUGAAGCAAUGGAAUGGUUGGUGGAGGCCUUGAAGAGCAGGCAGUGAUACAAAGCUGACCACUGCAAAGAAGUUUCAGCUAUAUCCAGCAGCCCUCUUUCUGCAGUCAAAUGUUGUCAGGCCACAAAUACUUGUAAAUAGGACAGAUUUGAGUUUGACUCCUGUAAUGUGGAUGCCUCUCUUGAAUUGUAAAACUGAAUCAAGUGACUGUCUGUGUACAUUGUGAUAUUCCAUUUCUUUCUUCUGUUUCAAGGAUGGACUUACAUUAAUUUGUGUAA